CAUUUCCUAUCACAGCAAACAGUACAGCUGAGAUAUACGUUGAUCCUUACAUACAUACAUACAUACAUACAUACAGAUUAUUCAAUUUUAGAGUAGGUCAUAUACAUACAAACAUACAUAUAUAUAUAUAUAUAGGAAGUUGCAGGUGAAAGAAAUGGCUCCCAUGGGCGACAACGUGGUUGUUUCUAAUAUGAAGCUUGAAAGAAUGCUCAGCAUGAAAGGAGGCAAAGGCGAAUCUAGCUACCUCAACAACUCCCAGGCUCAGGCGCAGCAUGCUCGGUCGGUGCUCCACCUUCUGCGAGAAACCCUCGACGGAGUCCGGCUGAUCGGGGCGGCGGAGGGGCCGUUCGUGGUGGCGGACCUCGGGUGCUCCUGCGGGAGCAACACCAUAUACAUGGUGGAGGUUAUCAUCAAGCACAUCACCGAGCGCUACGAGGCGGCGCCGGGAUUCGACCCGCCGGAAUUCUCCGCCUUCUUCUCCGAUCUGCCGUCCAAUGACUUCAACACUCUCUUCCAGCUCCUCCCGCCCUACGGCGGAGACACCAUGGAGCAGUGCCUCGCUUCAGACACCCACCGCUCUUACUUCGCCGCCGGCGUCCCCGGAACCUUCUACCGCCGCCUUUUUCCGGCGAACUACGUCGACGUGUUCUACUCAGCUUUCUCUCUCCACUGGCUGUCCCAGGUUCCUGAUGUGGUGAUGGACAAGAGAUCGAAGGCCUACAACAGAGGAAGAAUAUUCAUCCAGGGAGCCAAUGAGAGCACUGCAAAUGCAUACAAGAAGCAGUUCCAGAGUGAUCUGGGAGGGUUCUUGAGGUCCAGGUCCAAGGAGAUCAAAACUGGAGGAUCCAUGUUCCUCGUUUGCUUGGGUCGGACCUCCUCCGACCCGGCCGACCAGGGCGGCGCCGGCGUUCUCUUCGGCACCCAUUUUCAGGACGCCUGGAAUGAUCUCGUCCACCAGGGGCUGAUUUCCAGCGAAAAGCGGGACAGCUUCAACAUUCCGGUGUACGCGCCGAGCCUGGAGGACUUCAAGGAGGUGGUGGAAGCCGACGGCUCAUUCGCGAUCAAUAGGCUGGAGGUGUGCAGAGGGGGGAGCCCGCUGGUGGUGAGCCACCCGGACGACGCGGCGGAGGUCGGCCGAGCACUGGCCAACAGCUGCCGCAGCGUGAGCGGCGUUCUAGUGGACGCCCACAUUGGGGAUCAGCUCGGCGACGAGCUCUUCUCGCGCGUCGCCAGCCGAGCCGCCGCUCACGCCAAGGACCUCCUCGACCAGCUUCAGUUCUUCCACAUUGUAGCCUCCCUUUCUCUACCCUAAUUACUUAAUUAAUUAAUUAAAUUACUCCAACCCCAAAAUAUUAUUAUUAUAGUUACUAAUAUUAUUGAUGUAUUCUUGAGAUAUAUAUAUGUGUGUGUAUGUAUGUAUUGUGGUUUAAAUAGUGGAUGAGUAUAUUUAAGGAGUAAUGAAUAAAACUUGGGGUUUAAUUAAUGAAUGAAUGGAAAUUAAGUUGGGGAAAUGAAAUGAAAUAAAUAAAGAUGGAAAGUGUGAACUUUAAUGCUGAUUCGUAAUAAUUCAUUCCAAUUUCCAUUGGUGGGUAGC